AAGAAGAAUAUAAUCGCCCUUUUCUCUCCGUCUUUCUUCCUCCUUCUCGCUCUCUCUGUGUGAGUGUGUGUUCGGCCGUUUGGCAAUUGAUUUGAUGGGAGUGGGAGGAAAGUUCUGGGAUUUGUUGAGACCUUAUGGUCGACACGAAGGCUCUGAUUAUCUCAGGGAUAAACGGGUGGCCGUUGAUCUCUCCUUCUGGAUCAUUCAGCAUGAGACUGCCGUCAAGGGUUUGACCCUUAAACCUCACCUGAGGCUCACCUUCUUCCGAACCAUCAAUCUCUUCUCCAAGUAUGGAGCGUACCCAGUGUUUGUGGUUGAUGGAACACCUUCCCCCUUGAAAUCCCACACCAGAAUCUCUAGGUUUUACCGAUCUUCCGGAAUUGAUACUACUUGCAGUCUCCAAGAGGGAGUCCCCGUUGAGAAAAAUAAGCAGUUUUGUGUAUGGGUUAGCGAAUGUGUGGAGCUACUUAAAUUGCUCGGCAUCCCUGUUCUGAAAGCAAAUGGUGAGGCUGAAGCUCUCUGUGCUCAGCUCAAUAGCCAAGGCUUUGUGGAUGCUUGCAUUACUCCUGAUAGUGAUGCUUUCCUCUUUGGUGCUAACUCCGUUAUCAAAGCCAUCAAGCCUAACUCCACUGAGCCAUUCGAGUGCUACCAUAUGUCUGAUAUCGAAGCUGGCCUCGGUCUGAAGCGGAGACACUUGAUAGCCAUCUCUCUUUUGGUUGGAAACGACUUUGAUUCAGGUGGUGUUCUUGGGAUUGGUCUCGAUAAAGCACUUCGCAUUGUCCGUGCCUUCUCUGAAGACGAGAUCCUCCAAAGACUAGAGGACAUUGGUAAAGGGUUGAAACCUGGAGUGAGUGGUGGAAUCAAAUCAGUGGAUGAUGAUGGUGAAGAAUCCAGCUCCCAGAUGAAAAGAAGACUUCCUCACUGUUCUCGUUGUGGACACCCAGGCAGCAAGAGAACUCAUUUCAAGUCCUCUUGUGAGCAUUGCAGCUCUGAUUCUGGUUGCAUUAAGAAACCAUUGGAGUUUAUAUGUGAAUGCUCCUUCUGUUCCAAGGAUCGAGUUUUGAAGGAAGAGAAGAAAUCCGAGAACUGGUGGAUCAAAGUCUGCGAUAAAAUUGCUCUUGGUCCAGAAUUUCCCAACAGAAAGAUUAUCCAACUCUAUCUAUCCGAUAUUUUCACAGAAGAAAGGUCUUCAAUGUCUUGGGGAACUCCUGAUACGGAAAUGCUAGUGGAUUGCAUGGUUUACAACCUGCGCUGGGAUCCUUCUUAUGUUAGAAAAAUGUUGCUUCCCAUGUUGUCGACCAUUUAUCUAAGAGAAAGGGCAAGAAACAACAACAACACGGGAAAUCCCUUGUUAUGCGACCAGUACGAGUUCCAUUCAAUCAAGUGGAUGAAAACUAGAUAUGGGCAUAAGUCAUUUGUGAUAAGGUGGAGAAAACCCAUAUCUACAUGUGGUUUAACUCCAGAGAAACCGAUUGUUGUAUGGGAAGAAGACGAAGAAGUGGUGGAAGAGGAGGAUUGUGUUGUUGAUCCCUUAGAUGGGUUAAAUGAACCACAGGUGCAAAAUGAUAACGGUGAAUGCUUCUUGCUAACUGAUGAAUGCAUAGGACUUGUCCAGUCUGCUUUCCCUGAGGAGACAGAGCACUUCCUACAAGAAAAGAAACUGCGAGAGUCGAAAAAGAAGAAUGUUUGUGAAGGAGGAGGAGGAGCAGCAGCAUCAUCAAUGGGUGCACAGAGAAGUAUAACAGAUUUCUACCGUUCAACGAAAGCAGCAGCUACACCAGCUGAAAGUAUAGAAACAGGGGGGAGCUCAAUAGCUUCUGCUUCUGCAGAAAAGAAGAGACAAGCAAGUAGUAGUAGCUUUUCAAAGUCUGUAAGGCGUCGUCUUUUGUUUGGAUAGGAGCAGAACAUACUCGUGUUAUUCGUAGUAAAAACCCAGCUUUCAGGUCUGUAUAAAAAGGAUUUGGCUUUGAAUCUUUUCUCUAAUCUA